AUGGAGAAUAAUGGCGCAAUGAGCUACUCCGGCGGCGAUCGCCCGGCGGUGAUGGUCACGAACGACGACGGUAUCGACGCCCCCGGCCUUCGAGCUCUCGUUCGCUUUCUGGUCUCGACCAAUCGAUUCCGGGUCUUCGUUUGCGCACCUGACUCUGAAAAGUCUGCUGUUAGUCAUAGUAUCACGUGGAGAAAUGCUAUUUCUGCCAAGCCUGUGGAAAUAAGUGGUGCUACUGCUUUUGCAGUAUCUGGAACACCUGCUGAUUGUACAUCUUUGGGAAUUUCGAAAGCUCUCUUCCCUUGUAUACCCGAUCUGGUAAUCAGUGGCAUUAACAUGGGUAGCAACUGCGGUUAUCACAUUGUUUAUUCAGGGACUGUCGCAGGGGCUCGGGAAGCAUUUUUCAAUGGCGUACCAGCCAUAUCUGUAUCAUAUGAUUGGGUUGGUGGGAAGAGUAAAGUCGAUGAUUAUGCUCUAGCAGCAGAAGCUUGCUUACCCAUAAUUAGUGCCUUAUUGGCUGAAAUCAAGAAGAAAACUUAUCCUCCAAACUGCUUCCUGAAUAUAGAUGUCCCGACAGAUGUUGUGAAUCACAAGGGUUAUCGACUAACCAAGCAAGGCAAGAGUAUUGUGAGAAUGGGGUGGACGCAAGUAACUUCUGAUGCUAAAGGUGGAAAAAUGUUAUCGACAAUGACCAUGGAUACUGAUUCAUCAUAUGUAGAAGAACCCUCAAAUGCAAAAGACGCGCAUCUCGUAUUCAAGCGAGAAGUCAUUGGAUCACAAGUGGAAGAUGGUGACACAGACUACUGUUCUCUUCAAGAAGGAUAUAUAACCAUCAGCCCUCUAGGCGCCUUGUCUCCUGCAGAGCCUGAUAGUCAGGCGUACUAUAAGCAGUGGCUGCCUGGUGUUACUGAAUUCUUCUCUUCUUCUUCCCUGUAA